AUGGACGACAUUGAAUACAAACUACGGUUCCUGCUUAACUCAAUGACUCUUGUGGUCGAUGAAAUAAAAGUGACAGACACCUCGCAGAUGGACAGGCUGCAGUUCCUCAAGAAAUACAAAAACCAAAAAAUGAUCCACGCCUUCAUAAAGCCGCCAGUGCAGGCAAGCAGCGGCCCAACUAUCACCCCGCUGAUAGGCGUGCCCAUUGACACAGAACAGAUGAAGCACAAAGUGCUGUACUGCCAGAUAGCCGUUGGAACAUCGCUGUUCACCUCAGAAGAGUACGCUAUGAACUGCAAGACGCCCCACGGGUACGACUCGUUUAUAAUCAGCGAGAACUCCGAGGCCAUUGAGUGUGUGAUAAGCUUGCACAAGAAGUCGCAGUCCCUCUCAUCGUACAGCUACGUCGUUCCUGACGCCAGCAGAGUGCUUAUUCUCGCUGAGGUCAGUUUUACGUACGAUAAAAAGCUGGAGGAUAAAAGCAAAAACAACGAUGCGUGCGAGUACUGCAACUCAAACACCGCAACGUCGUUCUGUUUGGCUGAGAGAGCGGCUUUCUGUGAUGCAUGCGAUAACUACUUCCACAGCAACGAGUUUACACAGAGACACUCUCGGUACUAUUUCAACCAGGUGGGGAAAAAGAGAUUCUUGCACUGCAGAGACCACAAGACAGUAGUUGUAGACUAUUUCUGCAUAGACUGCAGCGCGCCCGUGUGCACGCAAUGCAGGAUAGGAGGCACAGCUUCGGGCGUUCCCUCCCACCACAACCACAAGAUGAUAUCGUACAUUGAAGCAUGCGACGAGCUGAGAAACAGAAUACAGGAAAACGAAGAAAUGGAGCUUGUUCUGAGAAGAGCCAAGAGCUCAGUGAGCGCUGUGGAGGAGGAGAUUGAUGGGUUUGAACAGGAGGUGGACGCCAUCAGGUCUAAGCUGCAGUACGAGUACGACACUUCAAUGGGCAUAUUAAACGACCUGGUGAAGAGAAGGUACCAAAAGAUAAACGCAAAGUACUUUGAGGGCAAGUACCUGCAGGAGAUGGCAGGGAGAGCAAGCGCGUAUCCAAAGGAGGUUGAUGCAAGCGUUUUAGUGGAGAAAUGGAAGUCCAUUGAAGAUAUGAACAGAAGCAUCUCGGGGAUAGUCUUAGAAGAAAGCACGGGAGGGCCGCAGAUGAUUGUCAAAGGAAGCCUUACAGUUGAGCUGGUCACAGGCCCGGAGUCUUCGCCUAUGAGCUUCAGCACGGGACAGGAGGACGACUUUAUCAGAAGAAGAACAGAAAUGCUUCUGCGCGUUUCGCAGUUUAAAACAAAUGAAUAA